UAAGUGGCGUCCAUGUCCUUCAGAAAGGUGACGUUUCGGGUUUCGGGGUGUGACGUGUACAUGUUCAAAAUGAAAUUAUUUCUUUUCUUAAUUUUUACCCUUUUCUCCCUCGUGAGAUCCCAAGGGAACACCCUAGUCCUCCUCGAUAAUCAAGUGAUUCGCGAAACCCAUUCAAUUUUCUUCAAAUCUUUGCAAGAAAGAGGCUACAACCUGAGCUUUAAAAUCGCCGACGAUUCGUCUCUAGUUUUAUCCAAAUACGGAGAAUACUUGUAUGAAAACUUAAUAAUUUUUGCACCUGCCGUUGAAGAAUUUGGGGGCACCCUCAACGUUGAUACGAUCACUCAGUUUGUUGAUGACGGGGGCAACGUGCUGGUGGCUGGGAAUAGUGGCACGGGGGAUGUUUUACGCGAGCUUGCUUCAGAGUGUGGAUUUGAGGUUGAUGAAGAAGGGGCUUUUGUGAUUGACCAUUUGAACUAUGACGUAAACGACGAGGGCCAACAUACCAAACUCGUAAUCACUCCAGAUAACUUAAUUGAUGCCCCUGUUAUAGUGGGAUCGAGGAAAGAUGUAAAACCUUUGCUUUACCAAGGAACUGGUAUUUUAGCCGACCCUGAAAAUCCUCUAGUUUUGCCAUUAUUGUCCGCGGAAAGUACCGCCUACAGUUAUAUUCCUGAGCAAGCCAUUAAAGAAUACCCCCAUGCCGUUGGGCGCGACACUGUUCUAAUAGCAGGACUGCAAGCACGUAAUAACGCACGAGUCGUUUUCAGCGGCUCGCUUUCCUUCUUCUCAGAUGAAUUCUUCACAGCUCCAGUAGAAAAAGCUCAAGGUGGUGUCAAAUCUGAUGUUUCUGGUAACAGAGAUGUGGCAUUCGCCAUUAGUCAAUGGGUUUUCAAAGAGCAUGGCCAAUUAAGAGUCCGAUCCGUCAAACAUAGUCGAGUUGGUGAAGAGAAACCCCCAUCUGCGUACACUAUAAUGGAAGACGUAAUCUAUAAAAUAGAAAUCGACAUAUUUGAAGAUGGCGAAUGGAAACCCUUCAGUGCCGACGACAUACAACUUGAGUUUGUCAGAAUUGAUCCUUUCGUCCGUACUAACUUACAAAAGAAAGGAAAACAGUAUGAAGCUAGAUUCAAAAUACCUGAUGUGUAUGGAGUGUAUCAAUUCAAAGUCGACUAUGAUAGAGUCGGAUACACUAGAAUUUACAACACCACACAAGUCUCAGUGAGACCUCUACAACAUACACAGUAUGAAAGGUUCAUUAACUGUGCAUACCCAUAUUAUGCAGGAGCGUUCUCCAUGAUGGGUGGACUUUUCCUGUUUUCGUUUGUGUUCUUACACUUGAAAGAAGAUGAAGUUAAGAAAUCCAAAGGCGAUUAAUUUUUAUUUCAUUUUUAAAUAAAGAUUUUGUUACAUUAA